GCGCAAUCUGGCAACCCUUCUGUCAAACUCUCAUUGUACGGGGUGCAGGUUGCUUCUGGAAGUUGCAAACAUAAGUUAGCGUCUUUGCACCUGGCAGUAGCAGAGCUGCAAUUUAACAUGGCAGGGAAGAGGGCGUUAGUAAUCCUGUCUAAAGGCGCAGAGGAGAUGGAAACUGUUAUUCCUGUGGACAUCAUGCGCAGAGCCGGGAUAGCAGUGACGGUUGCUGGUCUCACCGGCAAAGAGCCAGUACAGUGCAGCCGAAACGUCGUCAUUUGUCCUGAUGCUAGUCUGGAGGAGGCCAGCAAACAGGGCCCUUAUGAUGUGGUGCUUCUGCCAGGAGGAAUGCCAGGAGCCCAGAAUCUGGCAGAGUCUCCUGCUGUGAAGGAGGUGCUGAAAGAUCAAGAUGGCAGAAAAGGCCUGAUUGCAGCCAUCUGUGCAGGUCCUACCGCUCUUCUGGCACAUGGCAUUGGGUUUGGCAGCACAGUCACUACACAUCCUGCCAUGAAGGAGAAGAUGAUGGCUGGAGACCACUAUAAAUAUUCAGAGGCUCGAGUACAGAAGGAUGGACAUUACAUCACCAGCCGUGGGCCAGGAACGAGUUUCGAGUUUGCCCUGACGAUUGUAGAGGAACUUAUGGGGGCUGAGGUUGCAGCUCAAGUCAAGGCUCCUCUUAUUAUGAAAGACUGACUGUAGCUAUGUUUGCUUACAAAACUGAAAGCAGCACAGCCCCCCUAUGAAGGUCUAACAUUACUGAGACCGCUAAUCCAUUAUAGCUGGCACAGAAAUUCAGACUUACUAGUGACAAAAUGUUCUUUCCACAGGACAUAGCCUGUCUCUGUUGUGAAAGGUUAUUGUCUUCUUCUGCCUUUCAUAGUUGCCAAUGACUUGGAAACACAGUAUGAAUAAUCACUAUUGUAGUGUAUUUCCACAAGUUAUUUCCCUAUUAUUUUUGAUUGCUUUAUAGUAAUGCCUGCUAUUAAAAGAAGAGUGUGAUGAA